GAAGUACAGCGGCCGGCCCUCCCCCGUCUUCGCUUUUCCUUUUCCCUCGGCUCGUCCUGGGAGCCUCUGCCCUCGGAGCAGCCGCCGGCCCGCGUCCGUGGAGCGUCCGUGUGCUCGGGGCCGGGAAAGUUCAUCAGCUUGAUAAUGGAGGAGAACAAUGACUCCACCGACUACCCCCAGCAAGGUCAAGGGCGGAACAAUGCCAUGAAGUGUGGGUGGCUGAGGAAGCAAGGAGGCUUUGUCAAGACUUGGCAUACUCGCUGGUUUGUGCUCAAGGGUGAUCAGCUCUAUUAUUUCAAAGAUGAAGAUGAAACAAAGCCUUUGGGUACUAUUUUUCUGCCUGGAAAUAAAGUCCUUGAACAUCCAUGCAAUGAAGAGAGCCCAGGAAAAUUCCUCUUUGAAGUAGUUCCAGGAGGCGAUCGAGAUCGGAUGACAGCAAACCAUGAGAGCUAUCUCCUUAUGGCAAGCACCCAGAAUGAUAUGGAAGACUGGGUUAAGUCCAUCCGCCGAGUCAUAUGGGGACCUUUUGGAGGAGGCAUUUUUGGACAGAAACUGGAAGACACUGUCCGUUAUGAGAAGAGAUAUGGGAACCGUCUGGCUCCAAUGUUGGUGGAGCAGUGUGUGGACUUUAUCCGACAAAGGGGGCUAAAAGAAGAGGGUCUCUUCCGACUGCCAGGCCAGGCUAACCUAGUGAAGGAGCUCCAGGAUGCCUUUGACUGUGGAGAGAAGCCAUCAUUUGACAGCAACACAGAUGUACACACAGUGGCGUCACUUCUUAAACUCUAUCUCCGAGAACUUCCAGAACCGGUCAUUCCUUAUGCAAAGUAUGAAGAUUUUUUGUCCUGUGCCAAACUGCUCAGCAAAGAAGAAGAAGCUGGUGUUAAGGAAUUAGCAAAGCAGGUGAAGAGUUUGCCAGUGGUCAAUUACAACCUCCUAAAGUAUAUUUGCAGGUUCUUGGAUGAAGUACAGUCCUAUUCUGGAGUUAACAAAAUGAGUGUGCAGAACUUGGCCACUGUCUUUGGCCCUAAUAUCCUGCGCCCCAAAGUGGAAGAUCCUUUGACUAUCAUGGAGGGCACUGUGGUGGUCCAGCAGUUGAUGUCAGUAAUGAUUAGCAAACAUGAUCGCCUCUUCCCUAAAGAUACAGAACCACAAGGCAAACCCCAAGAUGGAGUGAGCAACAACAAUAAUGAAAUUCAGAAGAAAGCCACCAUGGGCCAGUUACAGAACAAGGAGAACAAUAAUACCAAGGAUAGUCCUGGUAGGCAGUGCUCUUGGGAAAAGUCCGAGUCUCCCCAGAGAAGCAGCGUGGAUAAUGGAUCCCCCACAGCUCUACCAGGGAGUAAAACCAACAGCCCAAGGAACAGCGUUCAUAAGCUGGAUGUCUCUAGGAGCCCCCCUCUCAUGGUCAAAAAGAAUCCUGCUUUCAACAAGGGCAGUGGGAUAGUCACCAAUGGGUCCUUCAGCAGCGGUAAUGCAGAAGGUCUGGAGAAAACCCAGACCACUCCCAAUGGGAGCUUACAGGCCAGAAGGACCUCUUCACUGAAGGGGUCUGGUACCAAAAUGGGCACUCACAGUGUACAGAAUGGAACAGUGCGAAUGGGCAUUUUGAACCCUGACACACUUGGGAACCCCUUGAACGGUCGCAGCAUGAGCUGGCUGCCUAAUGGCUAUGUGACCCUUAGGGAUAAUAAGCAGAAAGAGCAAGCAGGAGAGUCAGGCCAGCACAAUAGGCUCUCCACCUAUGAUAAUGUCCAUCAGCAGUUCUCCAUGAUGAACCUUGAUGACAAGCAGAGUGUUGACAGUGCCACCUGGUCCACUUCCUCCUGUGAAAUCUCCCUCCCCGAGAAUUCCAACUCCUGCCGUUCCUCCACCACCACCUGCCCAGAACAAGACUUUUAUGGGGGUAAUUUUGAGGACCCUGUUUUGGAUGGGCCCCCGCAGGAUGACCUCUCCCACCCUGGGGACUAUGAAAACAAAAGCGACCGGAGGAGUGUGGGAGGCCGGAGUAGUCGUGCCACCAGCAGCAGUGACAACAGUGAGACAUUUGUGGGCAACAACACCAGCAACCACAGUGCACUGCACAGCUUAGUGUCCAGCCUAAAACAGGAGAUGACCAAGCAGAAGAUAGAGUAUGAGUCCCGGAUAAAAAGCUUGGAACAGCGAAACUUGACUUUGGAAACAGAAAUGAUGACCCUCCACGAUGAACUGGAUCAAGAAAGGAAAAAGUUCACAAUGAUAGAAAUCAAAAUGCGAAACGCUGAGCGAGCAAAAGAAGAUGCAGAGAAAAGAAAUGACAUGCUUCAGAAAGAAAUGGAGCAGUUUUUUUCCACGUUUGGGGAGCUGACAGUGGAACCCAGGAGAACCGAGAGAGGAAACACAAUAUGGAUCCAGUGAGCCUGCUUCCUCCCGUUGUCUCCCAACGGAUCUGGGAAGGGCUCUGGGGUUCCGGUGGAAAAAUUACAUGGGAUCAGGUGGCUGGUCACCUGCUGUACAGUGCUCUAACUGGUGAAGGAAUAUCAUUUAUAGACAUUAUCCAUCCAUAUCUGCAAUGUGUACCAAAGUUAUAUCAUGCCCCAUAAUGCUACUGUCAAGUGUUACAACUGGAUAUGUGUAUAGAGAGUAGUUUUUAAAAAGUAAGCUAAAAAAUGAGAAGCAUAUCUCAAGAAUUAUUUUAUUGCAAGUCUUGUAUUUAAAAUGUUAAAUCAAUAUGUUGUUGCAAUUUAGCUUGCUUCCAAGCUUCACCCCUUGCACUUAACAUAAGCUAUUUUUGGCAUUGUGUUAUCAUCAGCUUAUUUUAUAGAUCAAUAUUUUUAUUUCCCCUUUUGCUGAGGAAACGAAGAUAAGCGGAUAUAUAAAUAUAUAUAAAUAUAUAUCAGAUGAGUUAUUAAAAUCAAAACAAUACUUUGUGGCUGUGCUGUUUGUGCCAAUAGACCUCGCCAUUGACCAAAAAGAGAAAUGUAAAUAGUUUUAUAAAAUACAAUUGAAUCACCAGGAACCUUUGAUUUGCUCUUUAAGUUUUUCCCUCGACACUGCUCGGUUUUCUUUGUGAGGUGCCUGGACACAGAGAAUUUUGGAUUUUAUAAAAAAGCCCCCUUCUCAAGGCCAAUUGUCUGCUUGGUCCGUUGCACAGAUGCAUGUCUCCCGUGCAGGAUGCACUUUGGGGUGGGGGGGAAGUGGUAAAAGCAUAAAAUGAGUCAUGCCAUGAAUUACUCUGACCUUCUGGAUCUAGUCCCUGUAACUGCUAGAUGGUUUCAAGAAAACUUCUUCCCACUCUUGGGAGGUUGAAAAACACCACUUGUUAUGCUGUGCCACAGGAACACCUCUUGUCUGCUCAGACCUUUCCUCCAUGCCCCCAGCGAACACACUUUACAAUGCAGGCAGUGAUCUGGUGAGACCGUAACCCUCUCAGUUAAACUGCUAGAGUAUGUGCCAAGUAGUGACAUUUUUCUCUCACUCAGGCCUCUGUUGGUUUGGCACCUGGGAUUCUGUCUACAGGACAGUGGACAAAGGUAGUGUAGCAAGAGGAGGGGAUGGAGCAGAUAGACCAGAAGGAGAAGGAGACAUGUUUGGAAAGAACAACUACUCUGCUUCUAAUUUUUACAAUAUUGUUCUUCCCAGUUGCAAAUGUAUUUGUUCACAAUAAUUUUAAGACGUGAAGGUGUAAAGGUCCGGUUUUGACAAAUGUAUGACUAUUAGUAAUUGUGACCUUCUAGAGGAGCCCAGGGCUCUCUGGAGCUGGAAUUUGGGGAAAACAACUCUUCACACUCCAAGUGAUCUUGAGAAGCCAGGCAAAUAAAUACUUCUCACACUAGAACAAAAAGUCACAAAAGGCAUGAUUAGAAAUAAAGACUGCUUGAGUUU